GGACUGGCGGAAAUCAGUUCGGAAAUGAAGCAUCUGGCAGAAAAAGCUCACCAAAAUAAGUUGAAGCCACAAGAAUAUAUUGGCGGUACGUUCACAGUAUCGAAUCUGGGUAUGUUUGGAAGCAUACACCACUUUACUGCAAUCAUCAAUCCGCCACAUUCGUGUAUUUUGGCCGUCGGCGGCUCAGGCCCGAAAGUUGUUCCCGAUGGUGAAAAUGGGUUCAAAGCAAAGACAACGUUAUUCGUUACGAUGUCUUGUGAUCAUCGUGUUGUGGACGGUGGUGUGGGAGCCAUAUGGCUAAAGUUUUUCAAGGAUUACAUGGAGAAGCCGGAAACGAUGCUCCUGUAA